UCGGAAAGCAGGAAGUGCACGGAAUCACAACAGCUCGGAGUAGUUCUUCUGGGGUUUUUUUUUUUGGAGGAGGCUUGGCUGUGCGUAAGAACAUAUUAAUAAAAAGCCACUCUACACACAUCUGCAUACCUACAGGAGACGCAAACACGCGUUAAAGCUCUGAGUCCUGUCACAGCAGUCGUCAUGAGUCGGAGCAGGAAUCCUCCUCAGAAAGGCCAAGGAGCCGCUCGGGCCAAACAGAUGGGUCUGCUCUUGGACCUGUCUCCAGACGCAGGCCUGGAUGACUCCGGUGGAAAUGAGGCGGAGUUAGAGGCGGAGCUUCUUGCUCUUAUGGGAGGAGGAAAAGGAGGAGGCGGUAGAGGUGGAAAGAAAGAUGGCGGGAAAGUUCCUGUCCCUAUGGAGGACAUCGAGCGGAUGGCCGCCAUGUGCAUGAAGGACCUGGAUGAGGAUGGAGAUGACGAUGCAGACCUGGAGGACGACGCCGAUCUUCUAGCUGAACUUAACGAGGUUCUGGAGGACGGUCAAGAGGAACCGGCUCCUGCACCGACCCCGCCUCGGAGCACUAACGCAACCCCUAAAUCCACUCCUGCUACCCCGAGCGGAGGCGGUGGUGGUCUGGAGUCCCUUCUGCAGGAGCGCAUCGAUAUGUACCAGACGGCCAUCGCCAACGCCAAUGCUUCAGGAGAGGCCAGCAAGGCGCGCAGAUACGACCGCGGGCUGAAGACACUACAAACCAUGCUGACGUCUGCGAAAAAGGGAAAACCCGUUAACGAGGAGGAAAUCCCGCCCCCCGUCGCUACCGGGGCCAAACCCGCCCCUGCGCCAAUCCGACAGCAGGAACAGGCUCACACACCGCCUGCAAUGACCAACGAGAAGCCGCUGCAGGAGGCAAAGCCUGUGGCCCCGCCCAAACCUCAGCUCCUUCAGCCGCCCAAUCAGAAAACGCCGGCUGUGACGCCGGAUACACCGGCAAUAUCGCCCUUAACUCCUGUUCAGCCCAACCCCCAGCAUUCAGAGCUGAAGGCUAGCGUGUUGAGCAGACAGAGGGAAUACAAACUGGCGGCUAUUCAGGCUAAACAGAGCGGAAACACUGACCUCGCCAGGCAACACCUUGUCGUCUCCAAGAAGUUCGACUCUCUGAUCGAAGCGAUAGACAGAGGAGAGCGCGUCGAUGCUAGCUCACUGCCGCCCCCUCCUGGACGUGUUGUAGUAGAGCGUUCUCCUCCAGCUCCUCAACCUACAGCCACCAAACCCACUCCUGCUCGUCCACCUGCUGACGCUCCAGCACCCGACGCUCCCCUUCCCGCUCCCCGUAACCUGGCCGAGGCUCUGCAGCAGCGCUUGGAAAAGUACAAGAGCGCGGCUGAAACCGCCAAGAGCAAAGGAGACGACCGAAAGGCUCGCAUGCACCAGCGCAUUGCUAAGCAAUAUCAAGAUGCCAUAAAGGCGCACAAAGCAGGAAGACCUGUCAAUCUAUCAGAGCUACCGGUACCACCAGGUUGUCCUCCUCUGCAAGGUGCCGAAAGCACAGAGCAGAACUUCCUGGGUGUCCUGGAAACGGCUGUGAAACUGGCCAAUCAGGAUGCAGACGCAGUGGAAGAUGACGAGACAGACGAGGACGUGUCAAAGCCAGCUGUGCGUCCUCCUGCUCAGAGAGCUCGAGCCCCUGCCCCCGCACACUCCUCCUCCUCGUCUUCCUCACCCGCAGUGACCCCCACGGCCUCCUCAGACACCCCCAGACUGGGGGCUAAAGCUCAACAGCAGCUGGACUUCCUUCUCCGCCGCAGGCAGCAGUUUGUUAAAGCGGCCCUGCGCUCGAAACAGAUGAAGGACGUUCAGGGAGCAGCGCAGCACCUACGCAACGCCAAGGGACUCGACCCCAUGAUCACUGCAGCCAAAGGAGGCCUGCCUGUCGACAUCAGCAAGGUGCCCAGUGUCCCAGUGAGUGAGGAAGACUACUCUCUGCCUAAUGCUCGCUCAUCCUCUGUGUCUUCCCGCUCAUCCCAGCAGUACGCUCAGCUCAUGGAGCGCCUCAAGCAGCAGCACGAGAAAUGUCUGAGCUACUUGCAGCAGUUCACUCAAGUGGGCAACUUGGUCGAGACCAUCAGAUUCGAGAAGCUGGCUGAUGAGUGUAUGAGUGAUAUUGAGCUGCUGAAGAAAGCUUAUGCUAAAGGCUGUCCUGUUCCAGGACACCACACGGAGGAGCGCACCAUCAACACCGUCAUGAUUUUCUCCAGUUUGACUGCCAGUGAGAUGGAGCUGACAAUCGUCAAAGGAAUCAACCUACCCACUCCAGGAUUUUCAGCCAAUGACUUGGACGCUAGUGUGCGCUUUGAGUUUCCCUUCCCUAGUUUGGAAGAAGCUCAAAGAGACAAAACCAACACUGUGAAAAGCACCAACUGCCCAGAGUUUAGGGAGAAGUUUAAGUUGCACAUCAACCGAACGCACCGAGGCUUUAAGAGAGUGAUUCAGACCAAAGGCAUCAAGUUUGAGAUCAUCCACAAAGGAGGCCUCUUUAAGAACGACAGGAUAGUGGGAAACGCUCAGAUGAAACUCGAAGGUCUGGAGAACCAGUGUGAGAUCAGAGAAAUUAUAGAUGUGCUGGAUGGCAGAAAGGCGACAGGAGGGAAGCUGGAUGUGAGGGUGAGGGUGAGGGAGCCACUGGGCGGAGUGCAGCUCCAGUCUGUGACGGAGAAAUGGAUCGUAGUGGAUCCACCAGCCAUCACCCCCGACAGAGAGAGAGCGAGAGAGCGGGCACCUUCACCGAAAUCAAAACCCCGCAACGAUCACGGAAAGAGCCAUGUCCAGCCAAGCCACUCGCCUCCUCAGUACAAACUCCACAGCUUCAGCCUCCUCAACUACGACAAGGAAAGAGUGGAGAAAAAGAUCGGUGAGUAUAAGAAAAAUAGACGGGAUCCACCGCCAGACCUGCUGAACCAGCAUAAAGAGGUCUGUCACCGACUGCACUGGCAAAAAUCCUACCUGGAGAGAGGAUCGUCAGCAAUGUUAGCAGAGUAUGAAAGUGUGUUAAACAAGUUCAAAUGUGCACUCGCUGAGUCAGUGAAGAAGUUUUCCAGUGAAGGCAACAGAGAAGCAGCUAAAGAUGCUCUAGGGAGGCUGAAGAUGGUGGAGGCUGAGAUGGAGGCUCUGAGGAGGAAGCGUGCUGCGUGAACAUUUGCAGGAGGCAGAACUUCACUGUGCGUCGGAGGACCAUUCUCGCACGCAGGCGCAGACAAAAACGCACACCUUCGUUCUGCGUGCAUGCCAUUUCCCUCGCUUCCUCUCAGCGACGCUUUAAGCGUCACACACACACUCACACACAUCUCCGUUUUCUCUCUUCCUGCUCUCUCUUGCCUCUUAUACAAACACUCCUGAUAUUUUCGUCCAGACUCUGAAGCACCUGAGAUUCACUGGACUAGUUUACUGGAAACUUAUUUUAAGAAGAGUGAAGUAUAAUAAUAAUUAUAAUAAUAUUAUUAAUAAUAAUAAUAAUAAUAAUAAUAAUAAUCCUGGUGUGUAUGGAAGGCCAAUGAGGCCAUGAGUUAUAUAUUGUCUUAAACUGAAGUUUAUGAAGUAUAACAUGUGUUUAUUUUGUGACCUACAAUUUAUCUAAACUUUAUAAGCACAGACACGCCUCACUUGCUAGCAAGUUACCGUUUACUACCUAGCAUGCUUUUUUCGGUUUAUUACACCAAAGUACCAGUCUUUAACCCUACAUACGCAGUCUGAUGUCUUAUAUCUGAUACCUUAUAUCACAUUUUUAAGAGAAAUAGAAGUAAAAAGUCACAAGACGGAGAAAGUAACUCGUGGCCUCUCUGGGCGUCCGUACGUUCAGGAUCAGACGACUACACCAUCGUGUUUAUGAAGCACUAAUUGUAGAUUUGAAUGUUUUUGAGUCAGGGCUUUAAUAACGGAACUGUUUCGCCUAAAAUCAAAAGUACACACUAUGAGACGUGGUUGCAUUCUGAAUACAUACGGGUUUUUGGUAGUCAAAUUGGUACUU